GCACUGCACGCCCAUUAUAAUAAUGAGAAGAUUACGCCGUCACUAUAUCAAAUUAGUAAUUCUUGUUUUAUUUUGCGGUGCCGGUGUCUUGUACUUUACCAGGAGUACGGAAGAUCUGGACAGGCAGAGUCAAAUACAAAUAAUGGAACGUUCUAUACGGUCUAUAAUGAACCAAGUUGAAUGCCGUUUACCUGAGCUACCAAUCGAUAAUCCUGAAUUGAUGAAAUUUUUCCAUUCGGUAGACAAAAUUGACUGUGGGAACCCAAAUGAUGAUUGGGUAAUGUGCGAAAAAUCUAUAUGUUUCGUUAAACCUGAAGCAAUAGCAACAAAUGGUGAGAUAACUUGUACAUUUACGGAUAUAAUACGUAAAAAUGAUUUUAAAGCACGUUACGGAAAAUCGGCAAAAACCAAAGAACCUUAUAUACUACAAGCUUCCGAUUUCGUUAAAGUACUGUGUACAGCUGAAAAUGGUUUAAGUUGGUUUGGUAUGGCUUAUGGUAUGCGAGAUGGGGUUGAAAAUACUUUAAUACACAAACCAGUACCACCACCUGUGAAUAAUAAUGUUAACCCCUUAAAUGUGUUGGAUCCUCCCUCAGAAUUGCCUGCCUACUUUAAUAUUCUAAUGUUUGGUUUUGAUUCCCUCAGUCGUAACUCUUUUAUACGCAAACUACCCAAAACCUAUAAAUAUCUAACGGAAGAACUUAAUGCUGUUGUUCUAAAAGGUUACAAUAUUGUUGGCGAUGGUACACCACAAGCAUUAACACCCAUUUUAACCGGUUACACAGAACUGGAAAUGCCUGAAACCCGAAAACGCAUGAGUAAUGCCCUGCCAGUAGAUCAAGCGUAUCCCAUGAUUUGGAAAGAUUACGAAAAACACGGCUAUGUUACCUCAUUCAAUGAGGAUAUACCUUCGGUGGGUACGUUUACCUAUCGUUUGACGGGUUUCGAAAAACAACCAGUUCAUCAUUAUUUGCGUACUUAUUAUCAAGAGGCUGAAAAUAUUUUAAGUUCCAGUAAGGAACAUUGUAUCAAUCAUGAAGCUACACACUUAACCAUGAUGGAAUAUACCAAGAAUUUUAUGGCAAAAUAUAGCGAUACUCCCCGAUUUGUUUUUAGUUUUCAUGGUGGACUAUCGCACGAUUCUAUAAAUCUAAUUGAAUCAGCUGAUGAAGAUGUUGUGUCCUGGUUGGAAACAUUGAAAGCAAAACAACUAUUAGAUAAUACUAUUUUAAUAUUUAUGUCGGAUCAUGGUAUCAGAUUUACCGAAAUACGCGAAACUUUACAAGGCAAACAGGAGGAACGUUUACCAUUUUUCAGUUUUGCUUUUCCGGAAUCAUUUAAGAAGCGUUUUCCUCAGGAAUAUGCAAAUUUUGUUAAGAAUAGUGAAAGAUUGACGACACCAUUCGAUAUACAUGCAACACUUGUACAUAUUUUAGAACUACAACAUAUUAAACCUACAGCCACUUCCAAUGAGCUAACAUCAUACGAAACAUUGGCGGAAGAAACAACUGUUUUAGAAACCACACCAAAGAUUGAAGUUUCCGAUUUAGCUAGACACCGUGCCAUAUCACUUUUUACGCCCUUACCACAUAAUCGUUCUUGUGCAGAUGCUUAUAUAGAACCACAUUGGUGUACCUGUCUCAAUUGGCAACAGCUUAAUGUAAGCUCGGACAUGGGUAUUCUAUUGAAAGCGGCCGCCAGUAUAUUAAAUGUAAUAAAUAAUGCCACGGAAACAUUUCGUCAAUACUGUGAACCUUUACACUUGAAACGCAUCAAUUGGGCUUUACUACUGAAGCCUCGUCAGGAGCUGUUGUCAUUUAAGCACAAUUUAGACAUGGAUGGCUAUUUAUCCGACUUAACUGGUAGUUCACGUUCAGCUGAAGUUUAUUAUCAACUGCAAAUUUUAGUAUCGCCGGGCGAUUCACUAUUUGAGGCUAGUGUAGCUUACAAUUUAGAUAAACUAACAAUGCACACUAAACUAUCACAAAUAUCUCGUGUUAAUAUUUAUGGUUCACAGGCUAAUUGUAUUUAUGAACGUAAUCCGGAACUGCGUAAAUAUUGCUAUUGUAAAAAAUAGCUAAAAGUUUAAGAUUGAAACACAUAAGCAUGCGAGCAGAAUUCUUGCUCGCUUUAUCUCAAAAUUACCAAAAAAUAUUUUUUUCGUUAUUUUUAAGUUUAAAUUAUAUUAUACUUUAAGUACACAAUUUUCUCGAACUGAAUUCAUUUAUGUAGUUUAGCAAGAUAAAAUUCAGUCAUUUUAGAAGAAAUUUUAAAAGCACCAAACUAGUCUUUAUAUAAAUACAUACAUAUGUACAAUGAAUCCUCUCACCAUAAAACAUGACAUAAAUGCACAAUCUUUAAGAACUAUGUAUUUGGGGAUUUUCAAUGGAUUAUAUUAAGGAAUUAGAGUUUGAUAUUAUUCAGUAAAAAAGCACAAAUUAUAAAAAUAUUUAAAAAUAUCAUUAGCUUAGUAAGCAAUCGUGACAAGUCCUAUUCAGUAAGUUUUAAAAACAUUGUUAUUCGUAUUUUUAAAAGAUCUUUCAAUGGAGUUUUCUUUCUUGAUUUCUUGCUUUUCAAUACCAGCUAUGAUCCCAGCAAAAAUAAAACGAAGUACUUCCAAAAGAAUAACAUUUAUCACCACUUUAAAAGUAGCACUAAAUGAAAUCAUAACUUCUUUACGUCUUUUUCAGUGUUUCCAUGGAGUAAAUUCUACUUUUUUCGUUUCUUUCGAAGUUCUUUUUUUGCUGGGAAUAGUGCCAUUGGAUGCUUAUGAAAUUUGUUGAUUAUCCUUCACUGAAUAGAGCUUGGUUUGUGUACUCAACUAUCGAUACGUAUUAUAAGAAUGCAUGUAGCAAGAUCUUAUUCCAAUUGAAAAUUCCCUAUUUUAUAUCAACAUAUAAAUUAUUUAUAUCUAAUAAAAACCUUAGCAAGCAAA